AGAGAAGGGGGCGGAGAGACAGAGACAGAGGGAGACGUCUGGCUACGUCUGGGCAUCCCAAGAUCAGAGCCCUGUCAGAGACAUGCGGUCCCGAGGUUGACAUCUAAUUCAAGGGCUCACCGGCCAAACAACGGCCGCAGGGGGGGAAAUGAAGGCAUUCCAAUCACGCCUGGAAGCUGCCUGUCGGUGAGGUGUGAUCGCUGUACGCUCCACUGGGCGGUGAAGUUUCACCCAGAAGCUGCAAUUUCAGCAAUGUUUUGCUCUUCUUCAAAGGAACCCCGGUGAAAGCACUGAGCUUGGUUUGGAGAUGUCUACAGCCACAGGGCAAGUUCUUGUUCAGGUUGAAUAUAACUAUCAAUAUACGGCACGGGAUGGGAGACUCAUCUCUAUUAACCAAAACGAGAUAUACAUUCUCCUUUCAAGAACCAAUGACCACUGGUGGCACGUUAAGAAGGACAACCAAUCUAAACCAUUCUACUUGCCAGCACACUAUGUGAGGGAAUUGGCUUCGGAAAGGGCUGUUUCCCCUGUCAUUCCUUCCCUGGUGACACCCGACGAUAAUCAAAACCAAAAUAUUGGAGAGGUGAGCAGGACUCAAAGUAUCUUUAAAAACCAUUGGGAUGUUGGGAAAGAUCAGCUACAUUACCAAGAGAAACAAGGGCACAGAGAUGACAAUUCACACCCAAUUGUGGAGAAAGAAAACCAGCCUAACAUAAGUCCAACUAAAUCCAAGGAUUCUUCAUUGUGUCUACGAAUCAAUGACAACUCUCCUACACACCUUCGCUUAAAUCCUUCACAGUGCUCUGAUGAGUCACCAGAUUUGACAUUAUGUUACAGUGAAGUGAACAGAGCCUUUGCAAAGAAUAAAGAAUCCAUUAAUAAAAGGUUGACCUCUACCGGUGCACCAAAGCAAAGUUCCACAGUCAGGAUCCGCUCCAAACAUCAAGAGAAUUAUGCACAUAGACUUAGCCUAGGAAUGCUCCACCCUGCACAGCUAGCAGUUCAUCCAGGAGAUCUCGGUCUUAACCUUGGACUCAAUAAGGCAAAAGAUACUGGGUCUUCAGAAAAAGUCAAUUCCGUUCGAUGUUCCAGCUUUAGCCACGGAGUCAAUUCUAAACGGCAUUCGAAUGUAGAAAUCGCUGAUGAGAUAUUGGGACAUACAAAGGUGGUGGAAACAAAGAACUCGUCCCUUCCUCGAGCACGACCUUCAGAUAAUGAAAAUGUUUAUGAAUCAAUACCAGACCUACUAAAGCCAAAGACUAAAUCACGAAAGGAAAAGUGUCAUGAUAUAUCAAAGAUUUUCAAUGAGAAGCCCGAGUCAGUGUAUCAGAACGUUGGCCAGCUGAAGCAAGAGUUUUCAGAGGAACCAUCAGUUCCCAGCACUGGCUUAACCACUCAGCAGGAGGAAUGGGAAACCCACAUUGACCAGAGGAGUGGGCUACACUUCUACUAUAACGCAGUGACGAGUGAGACAACCUGGGACUGUCCGUUCACCAGCCCUGACGACAGCGAGCAGCCAACACCUUCUUCCCGCAGUUCCAGUACAAGUGUUCCCUUGGACGGAUGGGAAUCGCUCUUCGAUGACGUUAGUGGCCAGCCCUAUUACUACAAUCCAGCAACUGGGGAGACGACGUGGGAACCACCGGGAGAACCAGAGGCAGAGGUGAUGGAGCGUGGGGGUGCACUCCGAGACCAGAGGCCUCCCACUCCAAAAGAAGAUUAUCCAGAGAUAAUUGUGGGGAGCCCUCCUGGAUAUCUGGGUCAUCGACGGCAACCUUCCAACUGGUCACAGGAGGAUUACAGCGAGCCACAGUCACCAAUGGAUAUGUCUGUAUACCAGUCCAUUGAUCCAAAGGCUCCACGAGGCUGGUUUAUAGAGUUGGACCAAGAAGGGCAGAUGCUUUACACAAAUGAAGUUACCCACACAAAAUGGAUCAGGCACACAGAUGCCAGUGGGAAGUUUUAUUAUUAUAACCCAGAUGAAGAUAAAUCAGUGUGGGAACUUCCACAGUAUGAAACUCCGUCAAAUCAACAAAGUGCCGGAAAUGGAAUGGACCAAGAGGGAAAUUUGGUUUUCACACACUGGCGCCAUGGCCAGUCACUGAAAAUGAUUCGCUCUGACACUGAGGAGAAGGCGUUAUUUCCUACCCAUAGGCGAAAUGCGUCUGACUUUAGUGCUGAGCUUGCACUUGGGCAGCGCGUUGAGAUCCUGCUCCCACACUCCCAAACGCUGGACAAAGCUGGAAUUUUAAACAAAGCCAAGGUGGCAGAUAACGGCAAGCGCAUCAGGAAGAACUGGGCGUCAUCCUGGACUGUUCUGCAGGGGGGAAUACUGACAUUUUACAAAGAUCCAAAGAAUCAGUCUGCAGGGAGCCUGAAACAAGCUAUUGGCCAGAUUAUACCUGAAUAUACGGUUGAACUGAAAGGAGCAACAGUCGGAUGGGCGACAAAGGACAAGUCGAGUAAAAAGAACGUGUUAGAGUUGAAAACAAGAGGAGGUUCAGAGUACCUCAUACAAUAUGACAUAGACUCUGUCAUUGGAGACUGGUAUAAGAUGAUCAAUGAGUGUAUCGUCCAAACGAUGGACCCAGUGAACACAGAAGACGUUGACUCUGCUUAUGACAUAGCCGUUCCAGAGAGGCUCAACAACAAAGAGAAGGAGGAGAAACGAAAUCGCUCAGCUGUCUACAAGAACCCUGUGGUCAACACCGAAACUGCGGACACCAAGAAAAUAAAAACCAAACUAAAGAAGUUCCUACAGCGGAGACCUACGCUGCAGACUGUGAGGGACAAAGGUUAUAUCCAAGACCAGGUAUUUGGCUGUGAGUUGGCGGACCUGUGCCGAAGAGAGGGCACCACGUUGCCACACUUUGUGCAGAAAUGCAUCCAGGAUGUUGAGAGACGAGGUUUGGACAUUGAUGGUUUGUACCGAGUCAGUGGGAAUCUGGCUGUCAUUCAGAAACUGCGGUUCAACAUCAAUCACGAUGAGAACGUGAACCUUGAGGAGGGCCCAUGGGAUGAUGUUCACGUUAUCACGGGGGCUUUGAAACUCUUCUUCAGGGAGCUGCCGGAGCCACUCUUUCCAUUCAACUACUUCAACAAUUUCAUUGCCGCAAUCAAACUGGAUCCUGCUCAGCGUUUGGGCUACAUGAAGGAAUUAAUCAAUUCACUCCCUGCACCGAACCACGACACCAUGCAAGUCCUCUUCAGACACCUGCGCAAUGUGAUAGACGAUCGUAAUCAGAAUCGGAUGACCUCACAGAGCAUGGCCAUCGUGUUUGGCCCCACCCUUCUGAAACCUGAAGUAGAAACGGGAAACAUGGCAAUCCACAUGGUCUACCAAAACCAGAUUGUUGAGUUUAUCCUUAAUCAGUACCAGAAUCUCUUCAAUGAAAACCAGGAGUUGGCGGAUAUCAGAUGAGCAACGGUGUGAGUGGAGCAGCGCGGCCCAGUGUGUGUGUGUGUGUGUGUGUGUACAUAGUGAAAUGAGACAGAGAUGUCUGCAAGCACUAGAUCCAGCAAACUCGGCCAUGACAAAGACUAUACUUCAAGACACGAUCUAUUUCAACUUCAAGACAAGCCCAGUCAAGAAAUUAUUCAAAGUAGAUUAAAAUGGAUGAACAUUUCGGACACAGACCCAUGUAAAUCAGCCUUCACCUGCAGGUGAAGAGAUGCCAUGCCGCCUACAACAUCCUCCUGGGAGCCACAUCUGGAUGUUUCGGUCUGCAGCUGUUUCUCUCUGUGUAAUUGUGGUUUCUGGGACUUGACUUAAUAGGAAGUGCUUGCAAUGAAUCUGCACACAGCACUUUAACACAUGCUUCUCUCUCUCUGUUGCUCAAGACAUCUUUAUAUAAGACCUGACACCAUUGUUAAGGAAACUUAUGGUGUUCAUGAAGCUUUCAUUCUGCUGGGUGAGAUUGUACUAAAGUCAAGAUGCAUGUUUUUUUUUUUAAAUGCAAUUGAAAUGGGACAAAGUUAACACUGGAGAUUAAGUCUGGCAUGAGUUGCUGAAACCCACAAUGUGAAGUGAUUCUGAUGACUCUGAUAGCAAAGCAAGUGAGGGAUUAUGUGAGUGGUUGUUUGUUCAGGAUGUCCAAGUCCUCCGUUAGCCUAAAUACUCAGUAUCUUCUGACCCUUUAGACCAAA